AAAUUUUACAGAUAGUCAUAUCGCCCUCCCCAGUUCGGGGGUAUGCCUUUUAACAACUGGAGAUGGCAAAAGGCUGAAGGAAGGUAAUACGCAAACACACAUGCACAGUAAGUUGUCCCUUUCCCACAAAGAGUCACUUCCCAGCUCCGAGGACUGCUAAGAGCUCGACUGGCAGGGCGCUGCGAGGGGCAGUGAGUCAGGGAAGGAGCUUCCCAAGAGGGAAAUCGUUUCCUUGUGUGAACCUGUAUCUCUCCCCGCGCGGCAUUCUCAGGCCCUCUUACUCCGGCGUCGUCUAAUUGAUGACACAGCCUCGGGAGGCGGCCGAGACUCGGGUGGCUUCUAUCGCCCGCAGCUUCCCUCCUCCGCGGCCAAAGCGGGUCAGUUUCACGGCCCCUCCCUCCGCCUCCCCUGUCUGCUGGUGGUGCUGAAACCGGGACUAGGCAGGAACCAGCCUCAAAACUGAAGGCGAAAGGAGCUGUCCCUUCUGCUGAGCUGCUGACCCGCAACCGGCAGCGCGCUGCGAAGGCGGGCAAGAGACAGCCCGGGACAGCGCUCCUCCACCGGCACUGUGGGACGAGAGCGCCCUGAGGGAAGACGAACAGCGGCGCCCCAGAGGAGCCAGAGCCAGAGGCGGGGGAAGAGUGAGAGAGGCGGCCUCCCAGGCGCAAGCGAAGGCGAAGGAAGCGCCGGGGUGUGAAGAAGAGGGCAGAGGCGCCGGGCUGAAGGGGAACCAACGGCAGCAGAGAAAGGGACAGGCGAGUGGCGGGGCGCCCCCAAAGCGCGCCAGGUCAGGAGCGAGAGAAGCAGGCGAGCGAACUGGGUGGACAGACAGCUCCGAGCGCCGUCGGGAAAAGAAGCGCAAGAGUAGGGAGAGCGCGCCCGGCGUGAGCGGAGCGCAGCGGAAGAAAGCCCGAGCCGGACGCCCUACAGAGGCUGGAGGCGCGGGGCUGAGCGAGGCGACCUGCGCCCCAGAUAAGCCCCCUCAUCGAGCGCAGCCACCGGCGAGCGGAGCCAUGAACGGCGCCUGCAGAGCCGUCGGGGGCUUCGGCACCUGGGACUACGUGGUCUUCGUGGCCAUGCUGGUGAUUUCCGCGGUCAUCGGCAUUUAUUACGCCUUCGCGGGCGGCGGCCAGAAGACUUCCAAGGAGUUUUUGAUGGGAGGGCGCAGCAUGAACGCCGUGCCGGUGGCGCUCUCCCUGACGGCCAGCUUCAUGUCUGCGGUGACGGUGCUGGGCACGCCAUCCGAGGUCUACCGCUACGGGGCCAGGUUCAGUGUCUUCGCCAUCACCUACGCGCUGGUGGUGGUCAUCAGCGCCGAGAUCUUCCUGCCGGUCUUCUACCGCCUGGGCAUCACCAGCACCUACGAGUACUUAGAACUUCGAUUUAAUAAAUAUCUGCGUCUAUGUGGAACAAUGUUCUUCAUCAUUCUGACGAUACUAUAUACUGGAAUUGUCAUUUAUGCUCCAGCCUUAGCAUUAAAUCAAGUAACAGGGUUUCACUUGUGGGGUGCUGUGAUUGCAACAGGAAUAGUCUGUACUUUCUACUGCACACUAGGCGGUCUAAAGGCAGUAGUCUGGACUGAUGUUUUCCAAGUUGGAAUCAUGAUAGCUGGGUUUUCAGCUGUGAUUAUACGUGCAGUGGUGGUUCAAGGUGGUAUCAAUCCUAUUCUAAAUGAUUCCUACCAUGGAGGAAGAUUAAAUUUUUGGGAUUUUGAUCCAAAUCCUUUGCAAAGGCACACAUUCUGGACAAUUAUCAUAGGUGGGACUUUCACCUGGCUUGGUGUAUAUGGAGUAAAUCAGUCUCAAGUUCAGCGAUACAUUGCCUGCAAAACCAGAUUUCAAGCAAAACUAUCGCUGUAUAUAAACCUUUUGGGGCUUUGGGCAAUUCUUGCAUGUGCGGUGCUAUGUGGGUUAGGAAUGUACUCCAUUUAUAAGGACUGUGACCCAUGGACAGCAAAAUGUGUGUCAGCACCGGACCAGCUCAUGCCAUAUCUGGUACAGGAUAUUCUACAAAAUUUCCAAGGCAUGCCAGGGCUUUUUGUGGCUAGUGCUUACAGCGGAACUUUAAGUACAGUGUCCUCUAGCAUCAAUGCUUUAGCGGCUGUGACUGUAGAGGAUCUCAUUAAACCUUACUUCAGAUCACUCACUGAAAGAAAAUUGUCUUGGAUUUCUAUGGGGAUGAGUCUGUUUUAUGGUGGAGUAUGUAUUGCUAUGGCUGCUGUGGCAUCUCUUUUAGGAGGUUUAUUACAGGCAGCUCUCAGUAUUUUUGGCAUGGUUGGUGGACCUCUUCUUGGUCUGUUUUCUUUGGGUAUCCUCUGUCCGUUUGCUAACCCUUUGGGUGCAUUUGUAGGUCUCCUUGGUGGAUUUUCUGCUUCUCUGUGGGUUGGAAUUGGAGCUCAGAUUUACCCUCCGCUUCUCACCAAUACCAUGCCAUUGCACCUUAGCACUGCAUACUGUAACACAACCAGCCAGGGAGCUGAAGGCAACCGGACCCUGACAGAGAGGCCUGUCCUUGCAGAUCACUGGUAUUCCUUGUCAUAUCUCUACUUCAGCACUCUUGGGACCCUGGUCACAGUUGCUGUGGGAAUAGUUGUCAGCCUUUUAACAGGAGGAUUAAAGCAAAAUGUGGAUCGGAAAUUCAUGCUAAACAAAGAGGAUUUUCUGUCUAACUUCUCAUUUUUGAAACCUAAAAAAGAUGAAAAGGUUGAGGUUUUGAACUGGAAACAAGUCACUGAUGAAGGAAUAGACAAUCCAGCUUUCAAUCAUAUUGAAAUGAAUUUCAAAGACAAUAAAGAAAGAGUCAAUGGUGUUUAUACAUGAAAGUCCUUUGAAUUCUGUGCUGAAGUCGGCAGCUACUGGCAAGCCUCCUGAAAAUAACAUUCCAAUGAAAAAUGGUAGUUAUAAUUCUACUUGAGACUAUGAAGGUAACUGCUGACUAAAUUUUGUAUCAUCAUAGCCAUGAGAUGGAUUCUUGGAGCCAAGAAUAAAUGGACAAUAUGUAUAUGAGCAAACAAUCACAAAUCCUGAAUUAUCACAUUGCUGAUUUCAGAAAACUUAAGAAGCAAAUUUGGGACAUUUAAAAUUACAGUAAGUGUGCAACAAGAACAAAUUUACAGAGUUUGGUGUUUGUUUCCAUAUAAGUUUCAAUACAUGUGUUUUUCUAGUGUUUUAUUCCUACAUUCUAUAUGUGAAAGUGAAACCAUAUAAGGGACUAUUAUACAGCAAUAACAAUGGUUCCGUGUAAAAUUAUUAUAGGUAGAAAAUGUAUUUCCAAUCACAAUUUGCUUCAAUCUUUUCUCAGUCCAUUGUUGGGUGGUUUGCUCAGUCUAUUCCUAAUCAUUAUAUAAUCAGUUCCCCCACUUUGCAAAAAUUACUAGUCUUGUAAAAGCUCAUGUUUUGUAACUAAAAUAAAGUAUACAAACGUAGUAAUUUCAUAGAAAUUUUGAGUAAGCUUGGUAAAGAAUAUAGUCUUUUAAUAUAUGCGACAAGUAGAUUUCAAUAUAAAGAUUUGGACACCAAAUUAAGUAGCAGCCCUUAUAUUGUACUGAUAAAAAUUAAUAUAUAACAAAGUUGAAUGGUUUCUCAUGUAAUCAGCUUACUGAUAGAAUAGUUCUAACAUUUUGUAAUUAGAGAUGGGCAUGAACAGCAAUACGAACAAAAAAAAGCCAUGAACAGCCCAAUCUGCUGUUCAUGAACAAGCUGUUCGUGAGGCUCCAAUCUAAACUAACAAGUGGUUGUUGCAAACCUUGUUCAUUGCUGUUUGUUGCUGUUCAUCAAGCCAGACAGUCUGGUACCUGCAAUCAAUUCCCUUGGCAACUUAGGCAGGGAUUGUCUGAACUCUGUCUGAACUCCUGCUGUUGCCCUGGAAACCCCAAUCUAAGCCAAAUUUAGCUUGAUAGGCAGGUCUUCCUUUCAAGUGUGGAGCUCCAAAUUUGUUACAAGGGAGCAAAGAGCAGGGGGAGGGGGGCUCCCAGCUUUGGCUUAGUUUGCAGACAGUGAAGAGGGAGAGAGUUGCUGUUGGCAUUUUGAUAGAGAGUGCAUUGGAGCUUGAAUUUUCUUUGUGUGUGGUGGGAUAGGGAUCUACCCCUUCCAGGGCUGCUGCCAGGCUCUGGGCCAAGCUAUUGUUUAUUAUUGGUACCUUUCUUGCUGCCUGCUCAGGUCAGGUUUCUGGGAGUGGUGCAGUAGGGAUCUUGACUUGGAUGAUGGCUGGAGGUGAGCCUGUUGGCCUCCACGAAUAGCCAACCACGAACAUGUUCGUGAACAGGGCCAUGUUCAUAUUUGUUCGUGAGUCCCUGUUUGUGGAUGGCAACGAACAAUGAACAUCAUGUUCAGUUUUUUUUUUCUGUUUGUGUCCAUCUCUAGUUAUAAUCCAUCUUGAGUCCCAGUGACAAAGGGAGACUAUACAUAUAAACAAAUGAAUAAACAGAAAAUUAAGUGGAUCUUCACUAAAAGCUAUGAUUUCAAAAAGCACAGCAGAUCUAGUGCUCUGCUCUUAUACCAUGUCUAUCUUGGCAAUGCUACUUAAGGUGCUUUUAUGUACUUCUGGCUUCACUGUCCGUUACUUUAACAGUAAAUCUGAUGAGGAAAUACCAUAAUUGUUAAUAUAAUUCUCUGCCCCUAUUAUUCAGUUUGUUUUUGGAAAUAAUAUUGACCUAUUGCAAUUUCUCUAGACUUGGGACUAUACCAGGUUAGCACAGUUGGUAAGCAACAAUGUGUAAUAUGCCAGGCAAAUAUUAUAAUACUUCAGCUAGUCAUAUAAAUAAUACUCUACUUGUUUGGCUGUGCUUUAUUCCCCUUCCAUCUACACCCACUGACAUUUUCUAUACUUUUAGCCCUACAGGGUUAUAGAUUCUUUACUGAUAGUUGACCACAUAUGCAGCCUACAUGAUUCAUAAUGUCCCAAACUUAAAGGGCAGAAAAUUUCCAUCUCCCCAGCCCCUUGCAUUAAAGAUAAAGUACCAGCAAUAGCAAUGUGCAAUCUAAUCCUUUUGUGGCUAAGCUUUGUUAAACAGCUGUUAAUGCAGCCUACAUACCUAUGUUUGGUGCUACACAACAACCACAACUCACAGGUUUCAGGUAUCAAAGGAUUAGCAUCUUUUUAGCAUUAGGAAACAGUAAAAUAAAACAGCUAGAGGCAUCUUGAAGCAUCUUGAAGACUAAUAAAAUUUAGGAUAGUAUGUCCGAUGUCCACUUCUUAUAGCACUUUACUGUACUAAACACAGAACAAUGUUAUGGUAUCUACAGUAUGUACUGUGUUAUUGCUUUGUUACUUGGCUAUUACUCAUGGAAUCCUUAAUUUACCUUGGCAUUAUCCAUGGUAACUAUAGCUGCUAUUGUUGAUGGACUGGUGGAAACUGCUCAAAUAGAUCUUUUUUUCUCGUAUCAGGGAAACUCUUUGUUACUAAUUCUAUGAACCCGGCUUUGUGUAAAGAGUUCUCAGAACUACCUUUAUGCGGUGGUGACAGUUCACUGUUCAAACAUAAGAAAUGGUGGAAAUUUAACAGCAAAGCGAGCACAUGGGCACCCACUCUUUGGCUUACUUCUCCACAGCACUUUUCAUCCAGCUCAGCAGUAAAUAAUAAUAAUACCCACUGUGCCAGAGGAAUGUAAAAAAAAUAUCCAAAGUGCCUAGGACUGCCAACUCUGGGUUGGGAAACUCCUGGAGAUUUUGGAAGUGGAGCUUGGGGAGGGCAGGAUUUAGGAAGGAAAAGAACCUCAGUGGGGUAUAAUGUCAAAGAGUUCAUCCUUCAAAGUAGUCAUUUUUGCCAGGAGUACUGAUCUCUUGUCAGCUGGAGAUGCGUUGUAAUUCUAGAUUUCCAGGUCGCCCCCCUGAGGUUGGCAACCCUAAGCCUGAUUAAUGUUGUGUUGCAAGAAAAUGCUAAUUUCUACUUGAACAGAGAAUUCAAAUAAUUUAUUGAAACUUAAGAAAAUAGUUUUAUUUCAAUGCAUUUUUGUUUGAAAUAAAUGAUAUAUUUGAAGAUA